AUGAAGACCGAUUUCAAGUUCUCGAACUUGCUGGGCACUGUCUACUGCCAGGGCAAUCUGCUCUAUAGCCCAGAUGGCACCCAUCUUUUCUCGCCAGUCGGCAAUAGAGUAACUGUGUUCAAUCUGGUAGAGAACAAAUCAUACACCCUACCCUUCGCUCAUCGCAAAAACAUUGCUCGCAUCGGGCUCACACCCCGCGGCAACCUCCUCCUCUCCAUUGACGAAGACGGCCAUGCGAUUUUGACCAACGUCCCUCGAAGGAUUUCUAUCUACCACUUCUCUUUCCGAUCUUCUGUCACAUCACUUUCAUUUUCUCCCUCUGGACGACAUUUUGCCGUAGGAUUAGGGCGAAGGAUAGAAGUCUGGCAUGUUCCCUCGACUCCCGAUGCUUCUGCCGAGGGCGAGCUCGAAUUCGCCCCCUUCGUUCGAUACCACAGCCAUACCGGUCACUUCGAUACCGUCACCAACAUUGAAUGGUCAAGCGACUCGCGCUUCUUCCUCACAACUUCAAAGGAUCUUACGGCGCGGGUAUGGAGCUUGACCCCUGAAGAGGGUUUCACCCCAACAGUGCUUUCAGGCCACAAGCAGGCAGUCAUCGGUGCUUGGUUCUCCGAGAACCAGGAGACUAUCUACACUAUCAGCAAGGAUGGCGCAGUCUUCGAUUGGCAGUAUGUCAAGCCCAUCAACCGUAUCGAAGACGAAGACAAGAUGCAAGACGACGAUGACGAGGAUAUGCGAUGGCGCAUCGUGCAAAGGCACUACUUCAUGCAAGGAAGCGCCCAUGUGCGAUGUGCUGCUUUCCACCCCGAGACGAACCUUUUGGUCGCUGGUUUCUCCAAUGGUCUAUUCGGUUUGUACGAGAUGCCAGACUUCAACAUGAUUCACAAGCUUAGCAUUUCUCAAAACGAUAUCGACUUUGUUACUAUCAACAAGAGCGGCGAGUGGUUGGCAUUUGGCGCGUCAAAGCUCGGACAAUUGCUUGUGUGGGAGUGGCAAUCCGAGUCUUAUAUCCUUAAGCAACAAGGCCAUUUCGAUGCGAUGAACUCCCUCGUCUACUCCCCCGACGGCCAGCGCAUUAUUACUUGUGCCGACGACGGCAAGAUUAAGGUCUGGGAUAUCCAGUCCGGUUUCUGUAUCGUCACCUUCACCGAACAUACGAGCGGCGUGACUGCCUGCGAGUUUGCGAAGAAAGGAAACGUGCUCUUCACCAGCAGUUUGGAUGGAUCCAUCCGAGCUUGGGAUCUGAUCCGAUACCGAAAUUUCCGAACGUUCACCGCACCCACAAGACUGUCGUUUUCUUGCAUGGCAGUUGAUCCCAGUGGUGAAGUUGUAGCUGCUGGUUCCCUCGAUUCCUUCGAUAUUCACAUCUGGUCCGUCCAGACCGGUCAGCUCCUUGAUCAGCUAUCGGGCCAUGAAGGCCCAGUCUCGUCUUUAGCAUUCACACCCAACGGCAACUCUCUAAUCAGUGGUUCUUGGGAUCGCACAGCCCGUAUCUGGUCCAUCUUUAGCAGGACACAGACGAGCGAACCUCUUCAGCUCCAGGCUGAUGUUCUCGAUAUUGCUGUCCGACCAGACUCACUUCAACUAGCUAUUUCGACACUAGAUGGACAAUUGACUUUCUGGUCUGUGACGGACGCUGAGCAAACCUCUGGAGUUGACGGCCGAAGAGAUGUCUCUGGUGGCCGAAAGCUUACAGACCGCCGAACAGCAGCAAACAUGGCCGGAACGAAGAGCUUCAACACUAUUCGAUACAGCACCGAUGGUAGUUGUCUGUUGGCCGGUGGUAACAGCAAGUACAUCUGUUUGUACUCAGUUACCACCAUGGUGCUACUAAAGAAGUUCACCGUCAGUGUGAACUUGUCCCUUUCUGGUACUCAGGAGUUCCUCAACAGCAAGCUUCUGACCGAGGCUGGCCCAGCUGGAGAGCUCGAUGACCAGGAGGCUUCAGACCGUGAAGACCGCGCGGAUAGCACGCUGCCGGGAUCGAAACGUGGCGAUCCUUCAGCGAGAAAGAAGGCACCAGAGGUGCGCGUGACUGGAAUUGGUUUCUCGCCUGCCGGCACUGCGUUCUGUGCUGCUUCUACAGAAGGUCUCCUGAUCUACAGCCUGGACCAGGAUAUCCAGUUUGAUCCUUUCGACUUGAAUAUGGAAAUCACACCUGCCUCGACCCUUGCUGUUCUCGAGACUGAGCAAGAUUACCUCAAGGCUCUGGUCAUGGCUUUCCGCCUCAACGAAGCCGGACUCAUUAAGCGUGUCUUCCAAGCUAUCCCCUCUCACGAAAUCCCCCUUGUUGUUGCCGACCUACCAACCAUUUACGUCUCUCGUCUCCUCCGAUUCGUCGCCGCACAGACCGAGGAGUCGCCACACAUCGAGUUCUGCCUCGUGUGGAUCAAGGCUAUCGUCGAUAAGCACGGAGCUUGGCUGUCUGCGAACCGCGCCAAGGCUGAUAUCGAGUUGAGAGUUGUCGCACGAGCCGUCGCGAAGAUGAGAGAUGAGAUCAGGAGACUUGCUGAUGAGAAUGUUUACAUGGUUGAUUACUUGUUGGGUCAAGCGCAGGAAAAGACUGAAAAGAAGGAUGUUAAGGCGUUGGAUAGUGGAAAAGAUGUAGAUGUGAAGCUCAUGGCUGUUGACGGGGAUGAGGAGUCUGAUGCGGGAUCUGAUGAAUGGAUUGGCUUAGAUUAG